GCACCACAACUGAGUAUGUCACCGAGACGAAGGCGCACACGUCCCGCAGGUGACCCCUCUCAGCACCCCAGCCGAGCCCAGUAUCCAGCACGCCGGGAAGGGGGAGGGCUCUCUGCGGCCCCAAGACGAAGCGGAGCGCCGCCGGGCCGCCACCCCGGGCAGCGCGGCCCCGCCCCGCAGCGCUCCGCACCGCCCCGCACCGCCCCGCGCCGCUGCCCUGCUCCCGGCACCGCAAUGCCGCUUCUCAGCGUGCCCAAGGAAGUGGCCGUCGGGACGGCGAUGCUGGGGGUCGCCUUUGCCACGGGUAUGCUUGCAGGUAAACUAUACCCUUCUUUAGUUUUUGGGAGCCAGAGUGGUAUGAUCAGGAAAAACAAUCCUCUCCGGCAAUACAUACUGGAUCACUCUUUGCGGGAACAUCCCAUUCUAAAGAAGCUGCGGCUGCUCACUGCUGAUCAUCCUUCAGGCAGAAUGAUGGUGUCCUGUGAGCAGGCUCAGCUUAUGGCAAAUUUGGUCAAACUCAUUAAAGCCAAGAAAGUUAUUGAAAUAGGUGUUUUCACAGGUUAUAAUGCCUUGAAUAUGGCACUUGUCCUGCCAGAUAAUGGCCGAGUUAUUGCCUGUGAUAUAAAUGAGGACUAUGCCAAAAUUGGAAAGCCACUGUGGAAGGAGGCAGGAGUAGAGCAUAAAAUUGACCUGCGGAUUAAGCCAGCAAUUCAAACGCUUGAUGAACUGGUGGCCAAUGGAGAAGCAGAAACCUUUGACUUUGCUUUCAUUGAUGCCGAUAAAGAAAGUUACAAUGAAUACUAUGAAAAAUGUUUGCGCCUCAUAAAGAAAGGGGGAAUAAUAGCUAUUGAUAAUGUCUUCUGGAAUGGAAAGGUGCUAAAACCAAGGAAGGAUGACUUGGCAGCACAGAGUAUCCACCGCCUCAACGAGAAGCUUCUCAGAGAUGCACGUGUCAAUAUCAGCAUGCUCCCAGUGGGUGAUGGAGUCACAUUAGCAUUCAAGUUGUAACUCGAGGAAGCCCAGCAGAUGGGAAAUAGCAAUCAAAUCACCAGGAAAAAUGCAGGUGGAACAAUUUCAAGAAUCUAAUUUAAGCUAUGUCUCCACUGGAUAGCAUAGCUUGGGAAAGUAGACUUCAGAAGCAGCUAAGUAGAGAAGAGAGAUUCAUUAUGAGAUCUACACUGGUUUCUUACUUUAAUUGUAAUAAAGGAAAUAAACUUAUGUGAAAUUGUCCUUGUAA